ACAUAUGACAGUUAAAUGUAAUGUUAUGGUUCAUUCAAUGUCUGCUAGGGAGUAGGUGUGGUUUAGCUUGAUUGACAGGUUCAGACUGACAUGUGCACCCAUGGUGUUUCACUCAAUCAAGCCCAACAGGCUGCACUUGUGGUUGGAAUCAAUCAAACCCAGCAAACUGCAGCAACUCUCUGUGGGAAAAGACAGUGGAGGGGAACCCUGGAGGAGGACAGAAGAUAGAGACUGUUCUUGUUUUCCCACAUAAACAAGGAGGACGAGGAGUGGCUGGGUGUUUGAAUCUGGAACAGUGAUCCGUGAAGGUGCUGCGUCACGCAUCAGCUCUGACCGAUAAAGGAUUAUCAUGGAGUCUCAGGAAAGAGGAACCACCUUCGUUCUCAUUAACUAAUUGCAUCACCACACAUAUCUGUUUGACACACUGGAUGAUGGCUUCUGGGGCCCCUGAGAUCGUCACUGCUCUCUCGGUGGAGUUGGGGAGCAUAUCUCCUGCAACCUGGACCUGCGCUCCUGUGGACUGAAGCUGUGCCAGCAGCCCCUGUGAACGUAUCGGUGACCCAGCUGAGGGCACACUCAGCCAUGGUGACCUGGAACGUCCCUCAGGGAGACACUGUGAUUGGAUACUCCAUCUCACAGCAGAGGCAGGACGGCCUGAUGCAACGCUACAUCCGAGAGGUGAACACGUCCAGCCGCUGGUGUGUGCUGUGGGACCUGGACGAGGACACACACUACAGCGUCCAGGUGCAGUCUGUUGGGCCAAAUGGAGACAGCCAGCCCAGCAGAGCCGUCCACUUCAGGACUCUGGAGAGGACCGACCAUUACCCAGCUGGAGUCCUGGAUCACCAUGAACCGGCGAUGGAAGGUCUGGGCAUGACUCCUCACUUACAGACAGGAGAGCUGCUCAUUAUCACCACGGUGCUGCUGCUGUGGGCAGCGGUCAUCGCCCUCUUCUGCCGACAGUAUGACAUCAUCAAAGACAACGACUCCAACGGGUGCAAAGAGAAAGCCAAGAGGCCGCUGGUCCGAGCGUCGCCCUACUACAACCCCUCCGUCAGCAGCUCGCCCAUCUACCACAACGGAGCCGUGCGCAGCAGCAGGCUGCACAGAGCCUCGUCCUCCAUCAGCAUCAUCAGAGUCUGAUGAACCUUCUGCCUGCAGAACUUCAGUGGGAUUAUCAUGAUGAACAGAGAAUUUAUAGACCUGCCAGAGAGGCUAAUUUAUUGUAAAAUAUGGAGGAGAAAGUGAGAGAACUCCCUUCAAAUGAAACUGUGGAAGAAAUGGACGACUACUGCCCUCUAGUGGCCGAACACUGCAGCAUUAAAAACACACCAGGGACAAGCACUCUGCAGCUUUUUUAGAGCUUUUCCAGGAGCAAGAGGAAACAUUCACACCUGCAGCCAAACUACUUUCCUGUUGUACAAAAUAUGUUUUAUUUCUAUCACUUCUUCUUCUUCUUCUAUCUGGUUUAAAUUGUGAAUAUUUGCCAGCAUGUCGGCCGCAAAUGAAUUCAAAAAGUCUGUGUCAAAAGUUGGUUUCACAAGUCAGUAACUCUUUACAAUAAUGGUAAAAAAUGCACAUUAGCUAUUGCAGUAAUAAGCAUCAAAUUCAAUUGAAUUAAUUAACUAUUAACUAAUGGGUUUACUAACGAUUCCUAAUGGUGUUCAUGCCAACUAAGGUACUAAUUAAUAUUUUUUGAUAGCUAUCUAUGGAAGGCAGAGGAUACCAAAUGGUUAAAAUUAAUUAUUUCCUCUGAUGUUGAACAAUCAAAAAGGGUGAGAGGAA